UCCGCCGCUCGUGCCGACGAUGGGAGACGUUCUGUGCGAAGAGCUCGAGGAUUUAGUUCACUUCUCAGUGCACGACCUGCCGGCACGAGGCUAUGUCGUCAUGGAGGAGAUCCGACGUCAGGGUAAACUCUGUGAUGUCACGCUCAAGGUCGGGGAUCAUAAGUUCAGUGCUCACCGGAUCGUGUUGGCGGCCUCCAUCCCAUACUUCCACGCCAUGUUCACCAACGACAUGGUCGAGUGUAAACAGGACGAGAUCCUGAUGCAGGGCAUGGACCCCAGCGCCCUGGAGGCUCUGAUCAACUUUGCGUACAGCGGCCAUGUUGCCAUCGACCAGCAGAACGUUCAGGCUCUUCUGAUUGGCUCCAGCUUCCUGCAGCUGCAGAAUGUGAAAGAUGCCUGCUGCUCCUUCCUGCAGGAGAGGUUACAUCCAAAGAACUGUCUUGGCGUGCGUCAGUUUGCAGAGACCAUGAUGUGCACGACUCUGUACGACUCAGCCAACACCUUCCUCCAUCAGCACUUUGUGGAAGUUUCUGUGUCCGACGAGUUUCUGGGUCUGAGGACGGAGGAGGUGCUGGAGCUGGUGGGCUGUGACGAGCUCAACAUCAAAGCAGAGGAACAGGUGUUUGAGGCGGUGCUGGCCUGGGUUCAUCAUGACCGGGACCUGAGGGAGUCUCUCCUGCCGGAGCUGCUGUCAAAGAUCAGACUUCCUCUCUGUCGACCUCAGUUCCUGUCAGACCGAGUCCAGCAGGACGAACUUGUACGCUGCUGCCAUAAAUGCAGAGAUCUAGUGGAUGAAGCCAAAGAUUUCCACCUGAUGCCAGAGCGUCGCCCUCACCUGCCCGCCUUUAAGACCAGACAGAGGUGCUGCACGUCCAUCACAGGACUUAUCUACGCUGUGGGAGGACUUAACAGCUCAGGUGACUCGUUAAACGUGGUGGAAGUGUUUGAUCCAAUCGGGAACUUCUGGGAGCGAUGUCAGCCAAUGAGGACGGCUCGCAGCAGAGUGGGUGUGGCUGUCGUUAAUGGGUUGCUGUACGCCAUCGGUGGAUACGACGGCCAAUCACGACUCAGCACAGUGGAGGUUUACAAUCCCGAGACAGACAGCUGGACACGCGUGUCGAGCAUGAACAGCCAGCGCAGUGCCAUGGGAACGGUUGUGAUUGAUGGACACAUCUACGUCUGCGGCGGCUACGACGGAAAAUCAUCUCUAAACUCUGUAGAGUGUUACUCUCCAGAGACCGACAGGUGGACGCUGAUGACAGAGAUGAGUGAGAGUCGCAGUGCUGCAGGUGUGACGGUGUUUGACGGACGUAUCUUUGUCUCUGGCGGCCAUGAUGGUUUACAGAUCUUCAACACGAUGGAGUACUACAACCACCACACUAACCGUUGGCACCAGGCGGAGCCGAUGAUGAACAAGCGUUGCCGACAUGGGGCGGCGGCUCUGGGCAGUCACAUGUACGUGGCAGGAGGUUACGAUGGCUCGGGUUUCCUGAGUGGGGCGGAGGUGUUCAGUGCAGCAUCGGGGCAGUGGAGCCUCCUGGUGGCCAUGAACACACGGCGCAGCAGAGUGUCACUGGUCUCUACGUCUGGACGUCUGUACGCGGUGGGCGGAUAUGACGGACAGUCCAACCUCAGCUCCGUGGAGAUGUACAACCCCGACACCAACCGCUGGACCUUCAUGGCGCCCAUGGUCUGCCAUGAGGGGGGGGUCGGGGUCGGCUGCAUCCCCCUGCAGCCCGCCUAAACCCUCCAAUCAGAGGCAGAGGAUUGACACGUUACUGACAACUGCAAGCGGCGAGCCGGCGCCCUCCGCUGGCGCUCACUGAGCUUUAUCGGUACGACGGCCAGGCUCAGACCUGCACACUGAUGCUGGGCCUGUGGGAUUAUGGGAAAAAAGUAGAGCUAGCCUGCGGCUGCUAGCGUUGUGCAAUUAGCGAGCGUGUUGACUGAUUAAUGUUGAAUAUUGAUUUUAUACUGAAAGGACCAAAACAGGAAGUCAUUUCCUCUCAGAACAAAGCUGCUGACUUGAAACAAGACAAGUGCUUAUUGAUCAGAGACCCUCUCCCCCGCUCCUCCUGUCAGCUUUUAUUUUGAAGGGUACGUCUGAGUGUUUCCUUCUGCUGCGUUUCAUCAGUUCAGUGUGAGCAGUGUUCAUCAGGCCUUCACACAGCGGGGACGCUCGUUCACACUGACGCUCGUUCACACUGACGCUCGUUCACACUGAUGCUCACACAUCACCGUUUCACAAGUUAAUGUCCUCUGAGGUGUCUGUAGUCAGGAGUUAAUGUCCUCCGAGGUGUCUGUAGUCAGGAGUUAAUGUCCUCGGAGGUGUCUGUAGUCAGGAGUUAAUGUCCUCCGAGGUGUCUGUAGUCAGGAGUUAAUGUCCUCCGAGGUGUCUGUAGUCAGGAGUUAAUGUCCUCCGAGGUGUCUGUAGUCAGGAGUUAAUGUCCUCGGAGGUGUCUGUAGUCAGGAGUUAAUGUCCUCGGAGGUGUCUGUAGUCAGGAGUUAAUGUCCUCGGAGGUGUCUGUAGUCAGGAGUUAAUGUCCUCGGAGGUGUCUGUAGUCAGGAGUUAAUGUCCUCGGAGGUGUCUGUAGUCAGGAGUUAAUGUCCUCGGAGGUGUCUGUAGUCAGGAGUUAAUGUCCUCGGAGGUGUCUGUAGUCAGGAGUUAAUGUCCUCGGAGGUGUCUGUAGUCAGGAGUUAAUGUCCUCGGAGGUGUCUGUAGUCAGGAGUUAAUGUCCUCGGAGGUGUCUGUAGUCAGGAGUUAAUGUCCUCGGAGGUGUCUGUAGUCAGGAGUUAAUGUCCUCGGAGGUGUCUGUAGUCAGGAGUUAAUGUCCUCGGAGGUGUCUGUAGUCAGGAGUUAAUGUCCUCGGAGGUGUCUGUAGUCAGGAGUUAAUGUCCUCGGAGGUGUCUGUAGUCAGGAGUUAAUGUCCUCGGAGGUGUCUGUAGUCAGGAGUUAAUGUCCUCGGAGGUGUCUGUAGUCAGGAGUUAAUGUCCUCGGAGGUGUCUGUAGUCAGGAGUUAAUGUCCUCGGAGGUGUCUGUAGUCAGGAGUUAAUGUCCUCGGAGGUGUCUGUAGUCAGGAGUUAAUGUCCUCGGAGGUGUCUGUAGUCAGGAGUUAAUGUCCUCGGAGGUGUCUGUAGUCAGGAGUUAAUGUCCUCGGAGGUGUCUGUAGUCAGGAGUUAAUGUCCUCGGAGGUGUCUGUAGUCAGGAGUUAAUGUCCUCGGAGGUGUCUGUAGUCAGGAGUUAAUGUCCUCGGAGGUGUCUGUAGUCAGGAGUUAAUGUCCUCGGAGGUGUCUGUAGUCAGGAGUUAAUGUCCUCGGAGGUGUCUGUAGUCAGGAGUUAAUGUCCUCGGAGGUGUCUGUAGUCAGGAGUUAAUGUCCUCGGAGGUGUCUGUAGUCAGGAGUUAAUGUCCUCGGAGGUGUCUGUAGUCAGGAGUUAAUGUCCUCGGAGGUGUCUGUAGUCAGGAGUUAAUGUCCUCGGAGGUGUCUGUAGUCAGGGGUUAAUGUCCUCGGAGGUGUCUGUAGUUAGGGGUUAAUGUCCUCGGAGGUGUCUGUGAUCAGGAGUUAAUGUCCUCGGAGGUGUCUGUAGUCAGGAGUUAAUGUCCUCGGAGGUGUCUGUAGUCAGGGGUUAAUGUCCUCGGAGGUGUCUGUAGUUAGGGGUUAAUGUCCUCCGAGGUGUCUGUAGUUAGGGGUUAAUGUCCCCGGAGGUGUCUGUAGUUAGGGGUUAAUGUCCUCGGAGGUGUCUGUAGUCAGGAGUUAAUGUCCUCCGAAGUGUCUGUGAUCAGGAGUUAAUGUCCUCGGAGGUGUCUGUAGUCAGGAGUUAAUGUCCUCGGAGGUGUCUGUAGUCAGGAGUUAAUGUCCUCGGAGGUGUCUGUAGUCAGGGGUUAAUGUCCUCGGAGGUGUCUGUAGUCAGGGGUUAAUGUCCGACGUGGAGGCGGAAACUGUCCAACAGAGGAAGGGUGUUUAAACACAACAGAGCUUAUGCUAAAAUGUUAGCGGACAGCUGCUGACACAUGAUCAUCCCGUUAACACUGUCAGUUAUCACUUGUGGGGUUCCUCAGGGCUCAGGUCUGGAUCCUCUAUCGUUUCCAUUUACACUAUUAUAUAAGACAUGCUCACAGAGUCCGUUCAGUUCUGAUGAUGGACACCUCAGAGUUGUCCGUCUUAAACCACGCCCACUUUCCAAAGAAAUAAAAGUUAUAUUCAGUUAUAUUUUCAUGCUUUUUGUAAUUAAGCCAUAAUUCGGUUUCCCCACUAACACCUGAGGGUCUGACUAAUACCUGGAACAGUCAUUACACCCUGUGAGGUUCUUAUGCAAUGGAAACAUUGUUCAACGGUCCAGUGAAUAGGACAAACCUCAGAUACAACGUGUAACGGAAGUUAUCUGUAGAUCGUCAGCUCGUAGAACCAUUUGGCCCAGCUGUUAGCCACAGAGCUAAAGUCAUGUUAGCAAGAGUCAAAGUUCAUAACAAACAGGAAGUAUCAUUUGGCGGGAUGUUUAACAACAGGAUGAGUGAGCUAUCAGACACGUGACUGUCCCCAAAUCAACCAACAAACACUGCGCUGUAACAUUGGCAUUGUCUGCCUGGAGCAGCGAGCUGAAGAGUUUAGAAACAAAACAUUCGCAGGCGAGUAUUUUGCCUUUCGGCGUUGUUUAUUGGCCACGCCCCCGGCUGUGUAAAGGCCUUUAUUAUGACAAUGGAGGAAGUGAUAAAUGUGGUUGGUGCUCUGAUAGAUGUUAAGAUGCUAACAGUGAUGACAGGAGACAAAGGGCGCCAGGUGUGAUGUCAGAUUGAUGACGUGUCGUCUCAGUGAGCUGACUGACGAUCAGAUCAACGAUCACACUGUCACUGGAUUCUUGUUUCGUUAUGGACGUACAUCAGAGAGAAGGAGUUCUGCGGCGCCCCGCCGUGGAGGCUUAUGUCUUUGUCCUGCUGAAUGUCCACGUCUCUGACAGACCAUAAUAAGAUGAGACGCAGCUGAUGGAAACUGUGCUGAUCCGUGUGGCAGUAUUAAAACUCUGUCCUGAU